CCUAUCUCCUCCCCCAUCUCCUCUCCUCAUCUUCUCAUCUCUCCACCAGCUCCAGGAAGGACCAUCAGUCUCCCCCGUCCCUGGACUUGCUGGUUGGAGGAGGAGGAGGAGGAGGAGGAGGGGGGGAGAUGGGGAGAGACAAUGAUUCGGAGUCGCUGCCCUUGUGCAGUGACCACGACAAGAUGCACCACCUGCAGUUGGCCUGUCACUCUGUGGUCCUGGCCCUGGGUUUGCCCCUCAACGCCAUUGCCCUGUGGUUCUUCCUGCGUGUUGUCCGGCUGCGGACCGUGGUGGCCGUGUACAUGGCCAACCUGGCGGCCUGCGAUCUCUUCUUCACCCUGGCCCUGCCUCUACGCCUCUACUACUACGCCAACCACCGGUGGGACUUGGGCAACGUCCCCUGCCAACUGGCUGGGUCCCUCUUCCAGCUCAACAUGUACGGGAGUUGCCUCUUCUUGGCGGCCAUCAGCGUCGACCGCUUCCUGGCUCUAGCUCAUCCCCUCAGCUCCCGGGCCUUCCGAUGCCCGCGGGUGGCGUGGAGCGUGUGCGGGGCAGUCUGGGCCCUCAUCGUCCUGGGAUCGGUCCCCGUAGCUCUGGCCCACGACACCAGCCGCUGCCUGCUGGCCACCAACGGCAGUCGGGUGGUGGAAAUCCGCUGCUUCGAGAGCUUCUCCGGCGAGGCCUGGAAGAGGGAACUCUUGCCCCUGGUGGGGCUGGCCGAGACUCUGGGCUUCCUGCUGCCGCUGUCCACCGUGCUGGUCUGUUCGGUCAAGAUCCUGGCGGCGUUGGCCAGGGUGGACGGCCGGGCCGAGAGGUCGGGGGGCAGGAGGAGGAGGAGGAAGACCAUCUUCCUCCUGAUGGUUAACGCACUGAUUUUCGUGGCCUGCUUCGUCCCCUACAAUGUGGCGCUCGGAGUCUACGCCCUGUCCCGCUCGGACGUGGCACCCCUCAGCACGCAUUCGCAGAAGGAGCUACGCCUAGCGCUCCAGCUCACCAUCCUCCUCUCCGGGACAAACUGUUGCCUGGACCCCCUGGUCUACUACUUCAGCACCGAGGGGUUCCGCACCACACUGAGAGCCGGGACUUCCGCGUGGAGCCGGGGCAAGUCCGAGCCGCUGAAGGGGAAGGAGGAGAGGGGGCGGACGCAGUGGGGAGCGAGGAGGGCGAGGUGCGGGCAGGAGAGGCGAGAGGUGGCCCGGAUGGAACUUGCGCAACUAACCAACGAUGAGCGCGUGUCACCGCUCACUGGAGUUUAG